AUGCCAGAUCUACUUAUAUCCGUAUACUGUGUGCUUUGCUUGGCACAUUUUAUAUUGUUUCUUCUCGAGCUGCAGAUAGUGUACACUGUUUUGAUCGUGCACGCAGCAUUGCAGUGGGUUAACAGGGAAAUAGCAGGAUUGUGUACUUCAGCGGAUACAAAUCAUAUUUCAACAUUUUUAUCACCAUGGAAGUUGCGCGAAAAAUUUUGUGACUACCGCCAUUCAUACAUGUCCAUUUUAAAAUUAGCAAGACAAAAAAAUAGAAAUGAAGGUCCCAUGUUGCUGUUAAUAUUUUUCCAUACCUGUCUGUUAUUAGUCAUCUCGGGCCGCCACUUUAUAUAUUAUAUGAAUAUUCCAGUUGAUACACCUUUUCGAACGCUCAUGGUUUAUGGCCAAAUAGUUUUGUUUGUGUCUCACAUUUUCAAGCUUUUUAUUAUAAUCGAUCCUUGUCAUCGGACUCAACAAGAGGUGGAAGAAACAAAAAAAAUUUUGGGCCAUUUGAUGACAAAUUCAACGUGUCACUCAUUCGUAAUUGAAUUGAAAAUGUUUUGCAGACAGUUAUUGCACCAAUCACCUUUAUACUCACCUCUUAACAUAUGCCCUUUAGAGAGACCACUUUUGACCACGGUGAUUGUUUUCGUAAUGACCAUAUUAGUAUCUAUAGCAGAGAUGAGUGAUGAAAUGGAAUAA